AGGACCCCACUGACUCCUGGGCCUCCAUCCCUGCCGGUCCUGUAGGGACCCGCUCUGAAGCCUGCUGAUUCAGUGUCAACUGGGAUGAGGGUGGGAGCCUCGCUGAAGCUCGGGUUCCUCUCCUAUGCACUGGGGUUCAGUGUCCUUCCUGUCUCCUACACCUGAGGCUGAAGGACCCCCUGAAAUAGACGUCAUUGCCUGCUGCUGACCAGCUGGGGAUGUGUGGAGAGGGCCUCAGGGCCGCUCUGAGUCCUGUUGCGCCCUGUGGUACAACCUCACCUGCUGCUGAGGGGGCCUGUGCCUCCAGCUCUCACCAUCGCCCUUGCCUGCCAAUGUCCCCCACUGCCCAGCUCAGGGCUGGCUCUGCUGCCUAAGUGCCUUGCCCCCUUCCAAGACUCUUGGGACUUGUUGUACCCUGAUGGGGUAACGUGACAGAGACCCCUGCAUCUGAGGCCACGGCCACCUGCUGGCCACAGCCACUGCCUGAGACCCCACCGCAAGACCCCGCCUCAGAGUUGGCUCAGUUCAUUUUUCCUUUGUCCUUGGGGGUUUGGGGCCCACCCUUGAGUGAAGGGGGCUGUUUGCCCAACCCCUGAUGCAGAGAGGGUGACCCCAGUGGCCCAGCGCUGGACACUGCCCUGGUGGCCAGACUCACUUUGCGAUUUUUAAGUUUUCUUGGUGGUGGUUACUUUGUUUUUGCCUCUUUAUAGUUGUUAUCCAAGGCAGGAGUUUGGAGCUGCCUGUUUCAUGUUGAGAGCCUGUUUUGCUCCUUUUCUUUUUUAAGGAGUUGGAUUUUCUUUUUUAAUUAUCCAAACACUGGGCAGCUUCCUCCUCCUCUCCCAAGUAUCUGCACAAUAUUUAUGCAGGGCGUGGGGGCAAGUUUUUAAAAGUCUUUUCUCUGUCUUGGACAAGCACAGGGAUCUCAUUGUGCUUGGUUUUGGGGUCUGUUGGGGCUUCUCUGGCCUGGUCCCGGCCUCCCUACCCCUGCCCCCAACACCCCCCAGGCUGGAGCAUGGCUCGCAUGAACCGGCCGGCGCCAGUGGAGGUGAGCUACAAGCACAUGCGCUUCCUCAUCACACACAACCCCACCAACGCCACCCUCAGCGCCUUCAUCCAGGACCUAAAGAAAUACGGGGCCACUACUGUGGUACGUGUGUGUGAAGUGACCUACGACAAAGCCCCGCUGGAGAAGGAUGGCAUCACUGUGGUGGACUGGCCAUUUGACGAUGGGGCACCCCCACCUGGCAAAGUAGUGGAGGACUGGCUGAGCCUGCUGAGGGCCAAGUUCUGCGAGGACCCUGGCAGCUGCGUGGCUGUGCACUGCGUGGCAGGCCUGGGACGGGCUCCGGUCCUCGUGGCGCUGGCCCUCAUUGAGAGUGGGAUGAAGUACGAGGAUGCUAUCCAGUUCAUCCGACAGAAGCGUCGCGGAGCCAUCAAUAGCAAACAGCUCACCUAUCUGGAGAAAUACCGGCCUAAACAGAGACUGCGGUUCAAAGACCCUCAUAUGCACAAGACCAAGUGCUGCAUCAUGUAGCUCAGGGCUCAGCCAGGAGGUCUGUGCCCUGGCCAGCCCCCACCUGGCUUUUCCUUCCUUGUACUGCCGGCGCACCGGUGUCCUGGAAUCUGACCGGCUGUGCGCCCUUCCCUGCCUGUCUCUUUUCUCAUC